CAAGUGAGAACUCACUCAUUACUGUGAGGCUGGCACCAAGCCAUUCAUGAAGGAUCCACCCCAUGACCCAAACACCUUCCAUUAGACCCCACCUUCCAACACUGGUUUCAAAUUUCCACAUGAGAUUUGGAGGGGUCAAACAAACCAAACUAUAACCAGCACCUUGAACUUCCCCUCUCAUAGCACUUAUCACAGUAUAGUGUUGUAAUUAUACACUGGUUCCUUGUCUGUAUGUUCCACCAGACUGCAUGCAGGGAUCUGAUCUAUAUUUCUCGUUGGUGUUGUCUCAAUGCUUAACACAGUAUGCCUGGCACUACCCUUCAAUAUUUUUUGAAGAAUGAGCCAAUGAAUUAUCAUGUCUCCAGCUAGGUUCGCCAGUAUGAGUAAUAUGUAGUGAGUGCCUACUGUGUGCCAUUUUACUACCUAAACUUUGCAUGGACUCUGUCCCCUAAUCUUAUCUACCAAUGCCAUUGUCUUAGUUGAGAUAUCUGUCAUUUCUUGACUGGUAUAAUACAGCAGCUUUCUAAUUCCAAUCUCAGUCCUCUCUGUUCUAUUCUCCACACGCAAUCCUCUCUGUUCAGUUCUCCACGCAGCUUCCAGAGUGAUCUUUCUAGAGGCAAAUCAGACCAUGUCAGUCCCAAGCUGAAAGACCACAGUGGGUUCAGUGUAGCCUACAGGGUAUUCUAAAACCUGAGCAUGGUAUAAUAGAGCCUCCAUGUCUUGGCUCCUGCCUACCUCUUUCCCAGCCACAUCAACCACUACUACUCCACUGGCAUCCUACUCUCCAGCCUUAAUGAAUUGGUUGCAACUCCCCUCCUCCCACCAGUGCCUUGGCUUCUCAUCAUGCUACAGAUUCUUUAACACACACACUGUCCUCCAAGAAGCUUGCCAGAUCCACUCCUGUUCUUUCAACGAAAUGUUUAUUGACCAGUCUUUAUACACUAUGACCAAACAGGAUUUGUCCCACAAAUGUAAGGUUGGUUCAACAUGUGAAAAUCGGUUUAUAUAAUACACCAUAUUAAUGGUUGGUUCAACAUGUGAAAAUCAAUUUAUAUAAUACACCGUAUUAAGAGAAUGCAUGGUGGAGCGGCGGGGGGCGUGGCGGGGGGGGGGGACUCAUGGUCAUCUUAAUCAUGUACAAAAAGGAUCAUCUGACAAAACGCAAUACCCUUUCAUGAAAGUACAUUCAACAAACCAGGAAUAGAAAGAAACUUCUUCAACCUGAUAGAGGGCAUCCAUGAAACACCCAGAGAUAAUAUCAUACAUAAUGGUGAAAGACUGGUUGACUUCCCCCUAAGAUCAGGAAUGAGAAAAGGAUGUCUUCUCUUGCCACUUCUAAUUCAACAUCGUACUCAAAGUUCUAGUCAGGGCAAUUAGUCGAGAAAAAGAAAUAAAAGGCAUCCAGAUUGGAAAGGAACAAGUAAAACCAUCCCUAUUCAUACAUGCAUAGAUGGCAUGUUCUUAUAUAGAGGACACUAAAGAGUCCACCAAAAGGAAAAAACAAAAACAAAACAAAAGAAAACAAAACAAACCCGAGAUGGUUUGGCUCUGUGUCCCCACCCAAAUCUCAUGUGGAAUUGUAAAUCCCCACCUGUUGAAGGAGGGGCCUGGUGGGAGGUGACAGAAUCAUGGGGGCGGACUUCCCCCUUGCCAUUCUUGUGACAGAGUUCUCACAAGAUCUGAUUGUUUGAAAAUGUGCAGCCCUUCCCCCUUCGCGCACGUUCUCUCUCUCUUCCUCCUGCUCCAAUAUGUGAAGAAGGUGCUUGCUUCCCCUUCGCCUUCCGCCAUGAUUGCACGUUUCCUGAGGCCUGCCCAGAAGCAGAAGCCUGUACAGCCUGCAGAACCAUGAGGCAAUUAAACCUCUUUUCUUUAUGAAUUAGCCAUUCUCAGGCAGUUCUUUAUAGCAGCGUAGGAACGGACUAAUACGCCAACCCUAUCUGAGCACGCUCAGCAAAGUUGCAGUACCCAAGAUCAACCUGCAACAAUCAGUGGUAUUUCCGUACCCUAGCAGUGAAUAACAUGGAUGAACCCUGAUGAAACCAUUAUGCUAAGUGAAAGCAGCCAGACACACAAGGCCUCACAUUUGGUCGUAUGAUUCCAUCUAUAGGAAAUCUCCAAAACAGGCUAACCUCUACGGACAGAAAGCAGAUUGGCAAGUGGUUGCCAGGGGCUAUCGGGAAGUGUUCCCAUCCGGUAGAAAGGGAGAGUUCCCACUGGCAGAGAGAGGGUCACGAGCGGGAUUCCCCUCCCCCCACCAUGGCCCUCCAGCCACUUCUAGGCCCAGGCCUGCUCCCUGGAGGCCAAUGGGAAAGCGCCGAGGUCACCUGAUGGACGUGUCCCUUGUGAGGCCGUCACCGCGUGCGUGCCCUUCACCCUGUGCGUGCCCGUCACCGCGUGCGUGCCCAUUGGUCUCGGCUCCCCAGCCAAUGAGGGGCUGGGCCUGGUCGCUAGGAUACACUGUACUGGACGCGGUAACUGUCAUCUUGAGAGCCAUCUUGGCUAGCUAGGGCAAGCUGAGAUAGCACCCUCAACACCCAGCAUGUCGGGGAGGAAGAGCCAUCGCCGGUCCUCCGGGGCUGGCGGCCGGGAGCGGACCUGCUCUCGCACCGUCCGAGCGGAGCUUUCGUUUUCCGUGAGCCAGGUGGAGCGCCGUCUACGGGAGGGCCACUACGCUCAGCGCCUGAGUCCCACGGCGCCGGUCUACCUCGCUGCGGUUAUCGAGUACCUGACGGCCAAGGUCCUGGAGCUGGCGGGGAACGUGGCCCAGAACAACGGAGAGAGGAACAUCACUCCACUGCUACUGGACAUGGCGGUUCACAACAACAGCCUGCUGAGCACGCUCUUUGAUACAACCACUAUCUCUCAAGUGGCCCCCGGCGGGGACUAGCUUCUGACGCCCGGCCCCUGGGACCUGGCAGGUCCACUCGUCCACCCACCCAGCCCCAAACUCCCCGGCCUCAAAUCCCUCGGCCCGAACCCCCGGCCUUAAACACCCCCCACCACCCGGGCCCCAAAGUCUUGGGCCUUCAUUAAUUCUGUCAAUAAAAUGUUUAAAGGAACCC